AUAGGUAUAUGUACACUAGAGACUCGAGUGGUAUUCGCUGAUGGUCUCGCUUGCUCGCGCGCCACCGGAAUCAGUUGGCCUCGGCCCAACGCGACUGACGCUACCGUAAUACCCUACUUGAGUGAAUUUUUCUCGGCCGUUCAUUUGUAUUAUUUUUGUUUUGUUGGUUUUUCCCACUUCUCCCUAAGCGCGGUUCGAUGCUUCGUUAUUAAUGUAGAGAAAACCACUAGUCGAAGGGGCCUGCAAAACAAUGAAAAUCGGUCGCGUGAAACGAGCCCUCGGGAGCUUUUCUGCCUAACAAUCGCGCCGUAAGUAUUGUACACGUAUGUAUAAUAUACUCGUCCGCGACGGCGAUCGAUCCAGGAUAAGCAGGUGUUCCAAUUGCGAUAAUUGUUCAUUACUACAGGCAUACACAAGCGCGCGGUACACCGAAAAAAAAAAAAAUAAAUAAAAAAAAAAAAAAAAAAAAAAAAAAAAAAAGGUCCAAAGAUGAGUCGCUAGGCCUUGUUUUUCCAUAUCAUUUCGAUCCGUCGUUCCGUUGGUGAUGCGAACUCCUCGUCUUUGUAUUUAUUGGAGCCGCGCACGCGUGUGUGCAUCCACUUUAUUCGUGAGCGCCAAAGCGCCAGUCGAUUCGGUUGAGAGCGUUUUCGCGCGAGCCGCGCUUCUCCGAUAAGACGAGCAAACGCGCGCCCGUCGAAUCCACGAGUGUCGAAAACACAAGGGUUCAAUCGGUUAUCUGCGGAAGCGAGAGACAAUAGAGAGCCAUCGCCAUAAAUAUACACACAGUGAAUCAUGAGGCUUUCCGCGUGUCUCAUGCGGCGCGAUGCCGUUUUUUCUUUUCCUUAUCGUCCGCGCUGGUGAUAAAUAAUUCUGGGCUUGUGGUGCGGCGAAUACACGACACUUUACAUCCGACGGGGGACAAGCUCGCUUCUGUUCUGUGUCGCGUUCCAUCGAAACCUUCCCAACUUACUUUUACACCCGUUAGUACAUGUACAUCGCCUCGUUUAAAUUGAACAAGUGCAACGUUGUCGAGGUAGGACGUUUCGGGACGAAAUGAGGCUCUGUCGCAUUGCAUCGGGAAGUCACAGGAGGAGGCCGAGCAACAAUGCAGCAACAACACUCGCCUGCCUGGCGCUGCUAGCGACGACAGCUCGCGCGAUGAUAUGCUACAGAUGCACGGUGCUACCGCCCCAGUACGUCGGGGACGUGGACCAGCCGUGCUCGAAAUUCGACGCCAGCUCGAGGUACUACCACGACUGUCCGGCUUCGACCUUCUGCGUGAAGCGAAUUAUUCAUUAUCGGCUGCCAAACGGAACGCUGGUAACCACGGCCGAGAGGAACUGCGCCUCCCAAAAAUUCGUCUUCCAAGACUACAACUACAAGGACAGACAGUGGCACGCCAAAGAAUCCGUCAACACGGAAAUUUACUCGGAAGGCUGUUUCAAGGGAGAAGACAGGGGAGCGCCGAAUGGGCCCUCGGAGUACUGCUACUGUUCCGGGGACUACUGCAACGCGUCGCCCCCGGUAGCUCGACCACUUGGAAUCGUCGCUGUUCUUCCCUUUCUUCUAGUCCUCGCUGUGCAUUUGCGUUCGAGCUGACUAUGGCCUUGAAUUAUUUAAGCUGAGAUCGUUUAUCUUUCUUAUUCUCCGUUCUUCCGUGGUACGAGGCUAGUGGUUCGUCGAUGAUUCCACGCCUUUGGGGGAAAAAGAUUAGACGCGAUCUCUGAACGCACGAUAUUACGAAACGCUUGUGAUAUGAGAAAAAAGAAACAAAAAUAAAAAAAAUAGAUGUACAUAUUUUUAA